UGUGUUUAGUUGGAGUGGGGUUUCGGGAGCGCUGCAUCGUCUCACUCUCACGGGCGCGUCGCCUCGCCUUUUGUUUGAUCCAACUCGUGUAUUUAACCCCGUUUCCUCUCAUUUUCCGCGGAUACUCGUUUGAAGGAAAAAACCGUUUAUGGUCCUGGCUGAAGAUUUCACGAUGUCUCGCACCGACGAGGUUCACCGCUUGACGGAAAAUGUCUAUAAGACCAUCAUGGAGCAGUUCAACCCCUGCUUACGGAACUUCGUUGCCAUGGGGAAGAACUAUGAGAAGGCCCUUGCCAAUGUGACAUUUGCUGCCAAAGGCUACUUUGAUGCACUGGUUAGAAUGGGUGAACUGGCCAGUGAGAGUCAAGGAUCCAAAGAUUUGGGGGAUGUGCUGUUCCAGAUGGCCGAGGUCCACAGACAGAUCCAAGUGCAGCUAGAGGAGAUGUUGAAAUCCUUCCACAACGAGCUGCUCUCGGAGCUGGAGAAGAAGGUGGAUCUGGAUGCUCGUUAUCUGACUGCUGCCCUGAAGAAAUACCAGAUGGAACACAAGAGCAAAGGGGAGAGUCUGGAGAAGUGCCAGGCUGAACUGAAGAAGCUGCGCAGGAAGAGCCAGGGCAGCAAGAACCCCUCCAAGUACGGGGAGAAGGAAAUGCAGUUUGUGGAGACCAUCAGCAGUAAGCAGACUGAGCUGGACACUUUUAUUGCAGAGGGUUACAAGACAGCCUUGUCUGAGGAGCGUCGCAGGUACUGCUUCCUGGUGGACCGCCAAUGUGCCGUGGCCAAGAACAACAGCGCCUAUCACGGCAAGGGUAAAGACCUUCUGACCCAGAAGAUCCCAGUGUGGCAACAGGCUUGCUCAGACCCUAACAAGCUGCCAGAGAGGGCCAUGCUCCUGGCCCAGCAGAUGGGCUCUGCCGCCCUCGGUGGCACGAGCCCCCUGCAUACCUCCAAAUCCAACUUGGUCAUCUCAGACCCUAUCCCCGGGGCCCAGCCUCUUCCUGUGCCCCCAGAGCUGGCUGUUUUCAUGGGCAGUGGCAUGGGACACCCAGCAAGGCUGAUGGGCCCCGAUGGUAUGUCCAUGGUAAAUGGGACAACAGGAGUCCACGGGGAGGAAUAUUGGACGGAUGGAGGGACUUUAUCCGUGUCCCAAGUCAGGCCUUCAUCCCCUCAGACCCAGGCGCAGGGCCAGUCCCAGGCUCAGCCCCAGAGACAGGUCAGCGAUGUCUACUCCAACACCCUCCCUGUCCGCAGGCCUGCCCCCGCCAAGAAUAAGAACCCCGUGGGAGAGACACGAACCCUGCCCAGGUCCAGUUCCAUGGCGGCAGGCCUCGAAAAGAACGGGCGCUCCCGUGUCCAGGCCAUCUUCUCCCACGCUGCGGGCGACAACAGCACCCUGCUCAGCUUCUCCGAGGGAGAUGUAAUCACCCUGCUAGUGCCCGAGGCCCGCGACGGCUGGCACUAUGGGGAGAAUGAGAAGAACAAGAUGCGUGGCUGGUUCCCGUUCUCCUACACACGUGUGCUGCCUGAAAGCGACAGCGACAAGCUCAAAGUGAACCUGCAUCAUGGGAAAAGUAGCAGCACAGGGAACUUGUUGGAGAGUGAUGCAUCACUGCCCACACCUGACUAUGGCCUGACUGCCCGACUGCUGGCACAGAGCCUAGCACAGACCCGCCCACGUCCCUACAGCAUGGCAGGCUUUGGCACACAGCCUGCUAUUGAGGAUUAUGACGGCCGCUUUGCCACAAGUGACAGUCCUGAUGGCAAAUUGAUUUCGACUGUGUGAGAACAGACAUACAGACAGACACAGACAGCUCCGGAUAGCACAGGGGCCUCUUCCUCCCCAUCUUUUCCCUCCUCUUAGCCUCCCCCCCUCCUGUCCACUUAUCUCCACCUCUCCUCCUCUGCCUCCACACACACCCCUUCUCCAAGUGGAAGAGGCCAGUUUCAUCCCUCCUUUCUGUCCUCUCUUCCUCCUCGGGUCCCUCCUUUCCUCCUUCCGUCCGUCCUGGGUGCUGCUGCUGGCGGUGUCGGUGUGGACAGUAGCGGUUGGUGGGUGGAGGAUUGCAUUGAGCGAGAGAGCCAGAGCGGGGCCUACCUGCUCGGCAUGCAGCGAUAUGGACUCUGAAUACUAUCUCUGAUCACAGUCCACCAUCACGGACUGAUCUCUCAAGAGACUGCCUUUGCUACUGCUUGUCUUUUCAUGCAUGUACAUGGUUGUGUCAUUUUGUCAAACUGAAGGACAUGUUCAUGUACUGUACAAGUGCCAAAAGACUUCAAUGUCGUUGUACUAAAAGCCACCGGCUGAAUGGCCUUUUUAAGCACACGUGGGCCCAGUAUUAUCGAGUUCCCACCCAACACACACAUGCUCAAAAAAAAAAAAAAAAAGCUUUGUUCCAAGUAAGGCUGUGCAGCAGAUUACUAUGUUUCUGUUCUGAGAGAUCCCGUAGGUCGCGCUGUGCUUCCUUGUGUCAGUGCUAUAGACUUGAUUUCCCGUCCAGAGGGUGUGUGUCAUAUUUGCCUUACUUUGCUUCUUUUGUUUUUUCUAUUAAACACUAUGUGCAAUGGAGCAAAUUUUCAAAUUGAGCUUCAAGAAUAUACAGUAUAUAUAUAUCUAUACAUAUAUAUAAAUUGUUUCCGUCAGUCCACCAGAUUGCACUGUAUCAUGAUCAUUGCAAAAAAAAAAAAACAUUACACAAUUAAACUUUCCACCAUCAGCCCCACAGAAACUUGUCUUUUUGCCGCCAGACUUGUCGCUAAAAAUGGGGGAAAAAAUGUCCGAUUACCUUCAGUUUGAUCUUAUUUCUGAAGCUACAGUGAGUUUGAAAGGGGUUCUUUGAUCAUCUGUCGAGUAUCCUCAAUUAACGGCUGUGAAUUAGUUUUUAGGUUAAAUGACAAACCACGGCUUUUGCAGCUCUCAGUGUUAUUUAUGAUUGUAUUCCCUGAGUGGCUAUGUAGUUUUUUGGUCUUUUCUUUUAAAAAAAAACAAAAAACAUUAUUGUCCUUGUAAAAACAAACAAACCAACAAAAAAAAAAAAAGAUUUCAAGAAACAUUGAGAAACUACUGAUUAGUUGAAGUGUUUAUCUUAUGCAUGCUGUGGAGGGAAACCAGAAAAUGUGAUACUACAAAUUGACCUUGAAUGUAUGGUGACUUUUUACAAAGGUAUUCUAAAUAAAACAUAUCUCUAUAUAUUAAUAAACAGUCUGGUCUGACGAGAAAUCUUUUCUGUCACUGUCGAUGGCGUUUUCAGUUUUGUUUAACCUUUUUUUUGUGUCUUAAAUGUUUCAGUUAAUUCCUAUUUUUAAAAACCUGCCACCCUGAUGUGAAUCAUUUCAGGCCACAGCUGUGUCCCAAGCAUGCAGUUUCAUCCUAACCCCUCCCCCAGGAACACCCAUAGCAUCCGUGGUGCACUCUGUGUCACUUAAAAAAAGACUGUGUGUAUGUGGUGUGUACAGUGUGUGUAUUGUGAGUGUCUGAACUUUGCCUGCUUAUCUUUUGGUUGUAUGUCAUGUAUUUUUGGCUUGUGUUUGAGUUGUAUUUGGGUGACAGAAUUUGGGUGAUAGACAGCCUGUUGAUUGCAUUGCACUUGCAGUAAUGUCCAAGGCCAGCUGCAGACACACCCCCCCCCCCCCUCUGAGUUUAGCAGCAUACAGUAAUACAGCAUGUUGAGCAUGAAGUGUGUACUUUUGUUUCCCAUCCCUCAUUUCAGUUACGGUUAAUAUUAUUAUCAACCCUAUGGUACGUUCAUCUUGCACCAGACUAACCAGCAGUGUCGUUACAAAAUGUCAGCCAUGCAUGAUCUGAGAGAUGAGCCAUUCAAACCCAAAGGUUCUCUUUACC